UUUAAUGUUGUAAACUUCUAACGACAAUAUUAUAUGGUGGUUACCUACCCAUUACUUCGUUCGUUCUAAGCUUAACCUUUUUUUAAAAACAAAAAAUUAAAUUAUCCUUACUCUAAGAAAAAAUCAAUGGCGAAAUGCGGGGGCUUACUAUUGAUGAUCAUGCUUGUGCUAAGUUUAGCAGUUCUAACUCUCGGCGGUCACACUAGCAAUGAUUUUAGCGAAUUUUACUUUAUUCAGCAGUGGUUACCAUCAUACUGUAACCAAAAAGGAACAAGCUGUUGCUACCCACCAACUGAAGUGCAUGUAACAGAUUUUACAAUUGCUGGGCUUUGGCCUUGUCAAAACGAUGGAAGCGCCCUUGAAAACUGCCCUGGUGCAACUUUUGACGAGACUGUGAUUAAGCCCAUAGAGGACAUGCUACAAAAGGAAUGGCCAUCAUUUACAUGCCCACAAAUUGGAAAGAAAUUUUGGCAACAUGAAUGGAACAAGCACGGAACAUGCGCAACAUCAGUCCUAGACGAAAUGGCAUAUUUUCAUGUCACUCUAAACCUGAAUAACAAGAUCAACAUCAUCCAAGAUCUCGCGAAAGCAGGGAUCCAACCCAAUAACCAAAACUAUUCGCUUGAAAGUAUAAACGCGGCCAUCUCUCAAGCCACCGGAUUUCACCCUACAGUUUUUUGUAACCAUGACGCUCAAGGGAAUAAUCAGAUUUGGCAAGUUGUUCAUUGUGUUGAUAAAACUGGGACGAAUUUUAUCAACUGUUCCAACAAUCCUAAGGGGCUAGGAAAUUGUGAUUCUACCAUUAUAUUUCCUUCUGCUUAAU